GACCAUGAUUCCACGGCCUAUACUUAUAAACUCUCUCGAGUCACACAGAAAACGCGAUUUCGGACCACGAUUUUUGCUCUCUUGACGUCAUUCAUUGCUAACCCCUCCCCGCCAAUUCCUUCUCUACUUUCUCUCACGGAAGCACCGGCAGCGUCAGCGUUCGUCUGCGUCUCCAACGGAAAUACAAAAAUUCCGGCAUCAAUUCACCGGCGACCAACACAGUCUAUAUCACGGAAUGGUGGGACUGGAGUUAUACCCCAGGCAAAUGGUUCAGCAAGAAUCAGUUUGGGGGAAACAGAUGUUAUGUCCUGUGUGAAGGCUGAACUUGGAAGGUCGAGUUUGUUGCAACCUGACAAAGGAAAGGUUGCCAUACAUGUUGAUUGCAGUCCAACUGCAGCACCAAUGUUUGAGGGUAGAGGGGGUGAGGAGUUGUCCACAGAACUCUCCAUUGCUCUUCUGUGUUGUCUCUUGGGUGCUAAAAGUGGAGCUGGUAUGAAUCUAAUGGGAGCUAGAGAAGUUACCACCAAUUUAUUGCCCUAUAUAUACUUUCUAUCUUUUGGCAGUUCUUCCUCUGAUUUGUUUUUUGAUUAUAGAUUCUUGCUUUGCUUGAAUUGAAUAUCUUAUUUAAUUUUUCCCAGGAGCUGGAAUUGAUCUCUCGUCUUUAAUAGUUGUGAUGGGAAAAAUUUGCUGGGAUCUUUAUAUUGAUUGUCAUUAUAAACAAAUUUUUGCUAACGUUAUUAGGGACUGCUAUCCCCCACUCAAAUUUUUACCUUUUUACCUUUUUUUUUUUUUUGGUGCAUGGAGACUGCUAUGUCCUGCUCAAAUUCCUCAUGAUCAUUUAGUUUUUGAGCUUAAACUCUAAGGUUUUUUGUUUUCCUCUCCUUAAAAAAAUAAUAGUGUGCCAUAUUGAGAUAAGUAGUAUUUUAUUUAUGGAAAUUGAAUUAUAAAAAUAAAGUUGUUUUUUUGUUAGUAAAAAAAAAA